AUGAAUACGGCUCCCUCUGUUCUUUUGGAUAAACAACAGCUAAUGGAUCUGAUGAACGACAAUAAAUCACACGACGGCGAUCAUCAGAGUCAGCGUGUCGGUGAUAAUGGUUUGGAGUCGAAGAAGGAAGCGAUCGUCCCUAGCUAUGAUUUCCAGCCUAUUCGACCUAAUGCCACCGUCGGAUUGUCUCACUCCGCUUUAGAUCUCGCCGGAUCUGUCAAUUCCACGGCGGCUAGGGGCUGGGCUGCUUCUGAUUUACAACCGGUUUCAACCUCAUCCGCAAGAAGUUAUGGUUCUCUCGACUCUCUUGAACCUUCGAAGUUGUCUGCUGAGAAGGAUCAAAAUCCCCCUGCGUCAGCGAUUAUAUCUGCAAUAGAUCAGACGAUGAAGGCGCAUGCUGAUAACUUGCUACAUGUUAUGGAAGGUAUCAGUGCACGUCUUACACAGCUGGAGACCAGAACCCGAAACCUAGAGAACCUGGUAGAUGAUGUGAAAGUUUCUGUUGGGAACAGUCACGGUAACACAGACGGGAAAAUGAGACAGCUUGAAACCAUCCUGUUAGAGGUGCAAAGCGGUGUACAGUUGCUGAAGGACAAACAAGAAAUAGUUGAAGCGCAGCUUCAGCUUUCGAAGCUUCAGGUGUCAAAGGUAAACCAGCAUCCCGAGACGCACUCCACACAUGUUGAGCCCACUGCUCAACCACCCGCAUCACUUCCUCAGCCACCAGCUUCUGCUGCAGCUCCCCCGUCUCUUACUCAGCAGGGCCUCCCGCCACUACAAUUUAUUCAACCGCUCGCCUCACAGCACAGUCUCCCGCCACCUUCAUCACAAGUGUCUCAACUUCCCAACCAGUUUGCUCCCCAGCAGGAGCCUUAUUUCCCUCCGCCUGGUCAGUCCCAGCCUCCCCCACCACCAAACCAGUCUCCUUAUCAAGCUCCUCCUCCAACCCAGUCACUGCAUCAACCACCUUACCAGUCACCACCUCAACAGCCACAGUACCCGCAACAGCCACCUCCUCAACUUCAACAACCAUCAUCAGGAUACAACCCGGAGGAACCAUCUUACCCUCAGCAAUCAUACCCUCCACGUCAACCACCUUCUGGUUCCGCCCCAUCUCAACAGUACUACAGCGGUCCUCCAACGCCGCCAUCAAUGUACGAUGGACCUGGUGGUAGAUCCAGCUCAGGUUUCCCUUCCGGGUACUCUCCUGAACCUUACCCGUAUACCGGUCCACCUUCACAGUUUGGAAACACCCCAUCCCUGAAACCAUCACAUCAGAGUGGAAACGGAUCUGGUUACCCGCAACUCCCAAUGGCUCGCCCACUGCCACAAGCUUUGCCAAUGGCUUCAGCUAUCAGCAGCGGUGGAAGUGGCGGCUCCGGUUCUCCAAGUUCCGGAGGCAGAGUGCCAGUCGAUGAUGUAAUCGACAAGGUGACUAGCAUGGGCUUUCCAAGGGACCAAGUAAGAGGAACAGUGAGGACAUUGACGGAGAACGGUCAAGCCGUUGACCUCAAUAUUGUUUUAGAUAAGCUGAUGAAUGGAGAUAGAGGAGCUCUGAUGCAGCAGCAGCAACAGCAACCACCAAGAGGUUGGUUUGGUGCUCGGUAG